AUGGAGGGAAGGAACUGUGGACGGCGACUGUCUCAGGCUACGGUCGGCGACGGCAGAAGGCGGGCUGUGGCUGUUCGGUUGUGUUCGGCGGCAGAGCAGGUUUCUGAUGCUUUCAAAAUUCAAAAACCGAAACCUGCGUGGUGUUCAACGGGCCGAUUUAAGCGACGUCUACAAAUUGGAAAACCUGGAGAGAGAAAUUCCUCGCCACACUUGAAGACACUACAUCUGCGUACAAAGGCCCCAUUCUACCGACACACCACGGACUGUGCCAGCGACCGAAUAGGUGCUGUGGAAGAAACUUCAUCGGUCGAUUUCACAGGUACAGAUUUUCAGAACCCGCCUUUCUCGUUCAAAAUGUCACAGACGUCAACCACUUCAAAUUUUGGAAGACCAAGUAGGCUCAAGUAUGAGGAAAAAAUAUGUCACCAUUGUGAAAUCAAACUUGCAGUUAAGAUUGUUAGCUCCCGAACUUCGAAUUAUCAGAAAUUGUAUUACGCUUGUGAUAGCCAUGGGUUUGUUGGUUGGGCUAAUCCAAUUAAUGAAGAUGGAGUGCGCAUAAGAGACGACGUUAGCCUUAGCGACAAAGUUGGAGUGCAUCGCGAGAGCAACAAAGAUGCUAUAUGA